AUGGCCAGUACAGAUAAUAUGCCUAUAGCCUUAUUAUUCGAAAGGGGAUUUUCGAAUUUGUAUGCGAAGGGAAAGUUUAAGGAAGCUGCUGAUUACUUUGAUAAAAUUUUAGACAUUUCACCUAAUCACAUUGAAGCUCUUUACCAUAAAGGAGUGACUCAUUAUGUGAGCGCCAACUUUUCAGAGGCAAUCAAAGUUGAAGAGAAGGUUUUACAAUUAGAUCCAAAACAUAGAUGGGCCUACGUUAUAAAAGGAAAUGCAUUCAAUGAAAGAGGAGAAUUCAAAAAGGCAAUGGAAACAUUUCAGAAAUGUAUUGCAAUGACUAACAGAUCAUUUGAUGUAGUUUACAAUGCUUUGGGAAAUUGCUAUUUUUUACAGGAAGAUUUCAAUUCCAGUUUGGAAACAUACAAUAAGGCAAUUGCAUUGGCAAUUGAUAAUUUCACAGUGAGCACCAUUCAUCCAGACGAUCACAUCUUUAAUCAGAUGAGCAAUGACCAUCAAUUGGCAAGACAAUGUGAAAAUAUUUUGACUCUUCCAGCUGAUGAAAAGAAUGGAAGUGUUCAAUAUCUUGCUCCAAAUUUUGGCAAUGUUUCACCUGUUGAGGAAAGAUACAAGAGAGGUGUUUACGAUAGAUUCUACCUGUUGAGAUAUAGUGGAGCUUGUUUGACCAUUUUGAAUAAGGGAUUGACAUUGUUGUGUUUGAAUAGAUUCUCAGAAGCUCUGGAUUGUUUCUUACUCAUUAUCCAAGUAACUUAUGCAUUGAUGGGAAAGGAAAUUUUCAGAAUUAACCCAACACGAUUGGAUCCAGCCAGAAUUUCAGAUCUCAUUGAAUUGCUUCAAAACAAGGAAUAUACACAAGUGAGGAAUAAUCCAACAUUGGCCUAUGAUAGUAGGACCUCUUACUGUAUUGCCUAUUCUGGAAUUGGUGUUGUCUGUGAGGCAAUGUUAUCCAGAUUAUACUCAACCUGUCAUGAGAAAUGCACUUGCUCUUCUGAUCAUCACGAACUGAAUCCAAAUGAUGUGGCCACUGACAUUAAUAAGAAUAAUUUCUGCACCAGAAAGACAAUCAACUUGAUGAAUAGCGUGAACAGAGUGCACACUCACAAGUCAUUGGCAGAAUUAUUCUUCGACAGAGCAGAUGAUCUGAUAGAAGACAGUAGAAUGAAGAGAGAGGUUCUCUAUUUUAAAGGAGAAGGUUUGAGACAUAUCAGACAUUACCAAAAAGCAAUUGAUAAUUUUGAAUGUGGUUUACAAAUGAAUUCUCUUGAAAUUAGAUCCAUGAUUGGUGUUGGUAGAGUUGCAAUUGCUGUUAAGGAUUACAAAGCUGCUCGACAAAUAUUCAAAAAGAUUAUUAACAUUACCAAUUAUGAACAUCCAAUUGCAAUGAGUUAUUUGGAGGUUGUGAAAAUGUCAGCACCAAUUUUGAGCGAGAGAUCAAGGUCACUUUGUGAUGUUGCAAUUUGUACAUUUGAAUAA